GCAAACGACGCAAAGGAGUGCGCCGUCUGUGUUGGUGUGUGGUGCGCGCGGUAAAUUAAGAUAUAAGUGCUCACUUGAAUUUUGGAAAGUUAGCAAUACCAGCAAACAGUGUAAGACAAGAAAAUGCUGAACUAUUUCAAGAUAUUUUCAAGGACCUGUGGUUUCAAGCCACACCAGAAUUCAUUGGCGCAAUGCUUCAGAGCAUUGAGCUCAUCAAGCUCUAAGUACAGUCAGGGUGCUCCUGUAACUCCUGUGCCUGAGAUUACAGAGAAAUAUCCCCAUCUCAAAACCCACAAAGACAUCUAUGACUUCAGCCUAGAAAAUCCAUCAGAGUUCUGGGGUGAAAUAGCCAAGUCAUACCUCCAAUGGAUGGAGCCUUUUCACACUGUCUCAAACUGUGACCUGCCAAAUGGGAAAAUCUCCUGGUUUCAAGGUGGAAAGCUCAAUGCAUCUGUCAACUGCGUGGACCGGCACAUGCGCUCCAUUCCCGAUCAGACUGCGCUCAUCUGGGAGCGGGACGAGCCGGGCACCGAGCAGCGCAUCACCUACCGGCAGCUGUACGACCAGGUGGGCCGGCUGGCCUCCGCACUGCUCCAGCACGGCGUGCGGCGCGGAGACCGCGUGGCCAUCUACAUGCCCACCUCGCCGGCGGCCGCCGUGGCCAUGCUGGCGUGCGCGCGCAUCGGCGCCGUCCACUCGGUGGUCUUUGCCGGAUUCAGCGCGCAGGCGCUCGCCAGCCGCGUGCUCGAUGCCGGCGCGGAGACAAUCAUCACCAGUGACCAGGCGGUGCGCGGCGGCAAGGUGAUCGAACUGAAGCGUAUUGUCGAUGACGCCGUGCGGGAGUGCCCGUCCGUCAAACGGGUGUUUGUGGCCACAAGGACCGGCGCAGAGGUGCCUCUCUCCGGUAUCGACAUCCCGAUGGAAAAGGCGAUGGAGGCGGCCCCCGCCGAGUGUGAACCUGCCGCCAUGGACGCCGAGGACUUCCUCUACAUGUUGUACACCUCGGGCAGCACAGGCAAGCCCAAGGGCCUGGUGCACAGCGUCGCCGGAUACCUGCUCUACUGUAUGUUCACGCAAAAGCAAGUGUUUGACCUGCGGCCCAGCGACGUGUUCGGCUGUGUGGCCGACAUCGGCUGGAUCACCGGUCACAGUCACGUGGUGUACGGCCCGCUGGCCACCGGCGGCACGGCCAUCAUGUUCGAGAGCACGCCCGUCUACCCGGACCCAGGCCGGUACUGGGAGAUGGUGCAGCGGCUGCGUCCGACCCACUUUUACGGCGCGCCCACGGCACUGAGACUGCUGCUCAAACACGGAGACAGCUGGGUCACAAAGUAUGACCGCUCCUCCCUGCGCGUGCUGGGCUGUGUCGGUGAGCCGCUGAACCACGAGGCGUGGCAGUGGUACAAUGAUGUGGUCGGCGACAAACGCUGCUCCGUCAUCGACACCUGGUGGCAGACCGAGACGGGCGGUGUGUGCCUGGCUCCGCGUCCGUCGGCCGAGGGUGCCGAGAUCCGGCCCGGCAUGCCGAUGCGGCCCAUGUACGGCAUCGAACCCGUCCUGCUGGAUGAAAAGAACAAUGAGAUCUCUGGCGAGGACGUGAUGGGAGCGCUGUGUCUCAAACGGCCGUGGCCAGGCAUGGCGCGGACCAUCUACGGCUCCCACCAGCGCUACGUCGAGACCUACCUGAAGCCGAUGCCGGGAUAUUACUUCACCGGAGACGGCGCGCACAGACACCCCGGCGGCUAUUACCAGAUCACCGGCCGCAUGGAUGACGUCAUCAACGUAACCGGUCACCGGCUGGGCACCGCCGAGGUCGAGGAUGUUAUGGACGAGUACGAGCCGGUGGCCGAGACGGCUGUGGUCGGAUUUCCGCACGAGCUCAAGGGCGAGGGUCUGUACGCGUUCAUCAUCAUGAAGAACGACGUCACGGUGACUGACCAGGAGGUCAAGGACACGCUGAAGGGGCUCAUCAGGAACAACAUCGCCGGAUACGCCGUGCCCGAUCACAUGCUGAUCGUGCCCGGUCUGCCCAAGACUCGCUCCGGCAAGAUCAUGCGGCGAAUUCUGCGCAAGAUCGCGGCGAACCAGCCGGACGACCUGGGCGACAUCUCGACGCUGCAGGACCCCUCGAUUGUGGAGCAGAUCGUCCAGCUUCACCGCCAGCAGGUUCAGUAGUAUCCCGCAGCGCCAGGAUAGGAGGGGAAGAAGUGCGACCGGAGGUCCCACUGGGUCGCCAAGUAGAGGCUUUCCACUGGCCCGCCAACGCAGAUGAGUCUGAGAUCAUUCCAGUUUGGUCGAUGUGUCAGGAAUCGAGCUGUAUGGAUUGUGUAUAGUCCGGAAAGGGUACAGACGUGGUGUAAGUAGAUGUUAUGCAUAGUCCAGGGAAGGGUGAGGGUGUGGGGAGCGUAUGUGUGCAGGGGAUCGUGAUAGGUGAAAUAUGGUGGCCUCCAACGAUGGAAGGUUAUUUUGUCUAUAUCUUUUCCAAGAAGAGCAUAAGUGCAAUGAAGAAUGACGUCUUCCUUUUGUUAGCUGUUACAGCAGUGUUAGUCUUCCGUCUAGUGUCUUAGCCAGGGACCAAGGUGUAUGCAUGUCAUGUGCUGUCCGUUUCUAGGUGUGUGAGGUUUAGCAUCAGUCAAUGGUGUCGCACUACGAGUGUUUUACAGGUUCUAUUACUUACCACAGAGACAAUAUUUGUUAUGCAUAGUGUUUGUACCGCUUCAUAUGUAUACUAUGCAGCAUGCGGCACUGCUUCCACGUUCAGUCAAUAUUCGCGCCGCCCAAAUAUUCGUCCAAUGCCUUCCCAUGUCAUGCCGUCCCGACUUCUUCAGACGCCGGCUGGCACCUGCUCGAAAGGACCAAACACUUCGGUCAUCUUUGCCUGUAGAUGCGUGGACCACAUUUCAACUCUCAGUACAAACAUGCACGCCCAUGUACAAAUCAGCAUCCAGCUGUCUUCCAUGGGGGUCAUAUUCAGCCCUGAACUCCAAGUCUCCAAGUCCGGACGGGAGAUUUAUAUUGUUCGUCAAACGAAAUGAUUCAAAUGGUCCGAAAUAGUCAAAGCUGGUCCAACUCUGAGUUAGGCUCGAGAGGCUAGGUCAGCCUCAGCUGUUUACAGCUAGGGCAGGUCAAACGAGGUCGCUGGCAGGUCACCUGUUAAGUGUUUACUACCCUGCCGAACUGGCAGCGAUUCCCGCCUCCAUUUGUGAUGGCUAAGAGCAGGGCCGCUCUGUCCAAUCGUUUACACAAAAUAGUGUGAAGUGAGGUGAUAAUAAUGCAGUGGUGCCACCUCGUCGUCCAGUAGCAGUGUACGCCGUAUUUACCAAUGUCACUCCACGGCCGGCUGCCGAGCUCCGUUUAGACGCGUGUGUGGGAGGUCGUCGGGGGGUGUGAUCGUCCGUCUGACCCGAUUCAUGGGCCGUGUGUCACAGUGUGUUGUAGGAGGGCCAGACUAACAGGGAUGGCCAGGUGGCCGCAUAACGUAUUUACGUGACAAUACAGUGUCUUUGCCAUAUUA